UUUUCUUUCAUUUAGAAGAAGAAUCCUUAGGCUGAAAAGUCAAAAUAAAGUAUAAAGCCCUUUGACUACUAAUUCUAUGCUAUGGAAAGCAACAAGAACAAGGAACUUAUCUUCUUUAAAUGAUUUCCCAUAACCAAUCUUGCUUGCUGCUGCGGUAAAGGCUUUUCUUGCUUUUGAGUAGAUCAUAGAUUCCGUUGUGAACGCUAACUAUGGUCUCGGAGUGGUAACUGAUAGAUAGAAUUUUUUUUUUAAGCCUGAGGAGUGGCUCGCAUAAAGCAAGGAUUUAUGACCUAUUGUGUAUUUCCUCAAAUAAUCAAAUUUUUGAAGAAUUCUUUCUUUUUUUUUAAUAAAGUAGAUUUGUAAUAAUCAAAAUAGAUCUCAUCCACUGAAAGUGCAGCAAACCUAUUCUCUUAUAUUACUUACCACCUAUAUCUCGAGAAAUGAAAACAAAAAAUGACAAUCCAUUCUAUAGUUUGUACUAAAUUACUUAGUACGAAUGCACAUCUCGACCAUCGGGUAGCUGCUCACCAUUUCAAAGUCUAUAUCUGUGGUUCCAGAAAUGGAAUUGCUAUUCUUGAUUCAGACAAGACACUGAUUUGUUUACAAAAUGCUUUUCAUUUUAUAGGAUCUCCCAUUCAUCAAAAAGGCCGUUCCUUUUUAAAGACCAAUCCUAUAUUUAUAUAUGAGAUAAUGGAAGAAAUAGCGAGCUGUAUCAAUGAUUCUCAAUGGAGGAUCGGGGCUUUUUUGACCAAUUCUUGUUCAAGUCCAAAAAAAAUCCGUUCGAGAAAGAAGAAUAUCAAUUUAGGGUCGAACCAACAACCUGAUUGUGUCAUUAUUCUGGAUGCAGAUAGAAAGUCUUCAGUCAUACUGGAAGCUGAUCGAUCACAAAUACCUAUUGCAUCCUUAGUUGAUUCUACGAUCCCAUUGGGAUCCUAUAAAAGAAUCACUUAUCCCAUUCCAGCAAAUGAUCCUAUACAGUUCGUAUAUCUAUUUCAUCAUUCGAUCAUGAAAACUGUGAUUCUUGAACAGGGAAGAAUCGUUGCGAUGAAGGAGAAGAAAGAAAACCAUGUGGUUUAUUCAAGCAUAGGAAGCUCUCGAAAUGAGGUCGUCAUCCCAAGGUUGGGGCCAGAAGAGUAGCCCCUUCCAUAUGAAAUCUCACAUAUCCCUUUUUCUCAGCCGAACAGAUCAGACUAGAGAUCCGGUUUUUGCUAAAAGGACAAGUGCGGCUUCACAUCUCUGAUUUUCGCCCAAUUGGAGUCACUGAAUGCGAGGUUGACUGAAUCUGUGGAGUUUGAGGAAAAGACUUGGAU